AAUGUAGUGCUCUGGGGGGAGAGUGGAGUGGGUAAAAGCUCGCUCAUAAACCUCAUCAUGGGUCGCGACGUAGCGGAAACAUCUCCUGACGCCCUGUCAUGUACUAUUACACAUGCUGCAUAUGAUGUGACGAUUAGCGGGCAACACUUCAGGUUGUGGGAUACGGCAGGGUUAAAUGAGGGCUCAGAAGGCAAAGUUCCUGCGGCAGUAGCUGCAAGGAGGUUGGCUCUAUUCCUUGGCGGCUUGAACAAGGGAGACGGUGUCCAUCUCCUUAUGUAUUGCGUGCGCGGAACACGAGCCACAAAGGCUUUGCGAACCAAUUACCAAACAUUUUCAUCAGCCAUUGGUGACAGCAAAGUGCCCAUUGUUAUUGUGGCGACGUGCCUGGAAGACUGGCAACCAGUGAUGACAGAGUGGUGGAAUCAGAACAAGGACCAACUUGCGAAAUAUGGGAUGCAUUUCCCUGGAUAUGCUUGUGUUACAACUCUGCCCGGUGGACGUGCUGAAUCCCAGGAUUUACGACAACGUCGUGCACAGUCCUACGAAGCCGUUUGCAAACUUAUUCUGGACUAUUGUUCGCAAGCCCCUAGAAAAAGAUAG